AUCGCCAAAGCAUCAUUUGCUUCCCACAGUUAGUUCACCCCCCGGAGCCGUUUUCAAUUUUUCUGCAGAACAUCGUGGCACGAUGUCUUCGGACAGCAGCGCAAGCCGUUCAUCAUCGCAAGUGAACCUGAGCACCGAGAUGGGAGGUCGGCGCGUCGAAGUCAAUGCUGUCAGGACCGGCUCACAGCAGCAGCAGGCUGGCUCGAGCCAGAGCGCGGGCAUCAAGACGACCAUCUCGCACGCAUACACCGACUACAGCAUAGGCGCACCGACGCCAAGGGCCAACUUGUUUGUGCCAAACAGCCCUUACGCCCUGUACGACCCCUACAAUCCUUAUAGCCCAUACAACCCGUACAACCCUUACAUUGUCUACGCGCCAAGGGCUCCUUGCCCCAAACAUGGUCAUCAGCAGGCGCCUACACCGGCCGCGUCUCCACAGCCAAGUGGGGCUUCCGUGCCCGCGGAACCUGCAUCCGAAGGAACCUCACUCGCGGGACCCGCAGCUCCACCAGUGCCGCUGAAAUUCGAAAUGAAUGGGAGGCAAGUUAUCGUUAAAGACGGCUUCGAUAUUGAGGAGGAGUACAUUAACGAUCGUCUCGUCAGCCGCACUGUCAACGGCGUCCGUGAACCUGUGCCCCAAAAGAAGUAAAGGAGUUCAUGUCGUCUGCUUUUCGCCUCCAGGACUGUGAGAGGGCGGACACUGACUGCUUGGACUUCCACUGCGAGAGAGUCCCUGCAGCUGUACAGGGGGCAAAAUAAUAAAGAAGAAAAAAACGGCAAUAGAAAUCAACUGGGCACAUUUCA